CAGGGAAAUCAAGCUUUUAAGAGCGGGGACUACCCUGCAGCUAUUGGACAUUAUACAACAGCCAUUCUCGCAGACGCCAACGACCCAACGUUCCCACUAAACAGAGCUGCUGCCUAUCUGAAGCUGGGCAAGUUUAAAGAUGCAGAACGGGAUUGUAAUACGGUCAUCAAGUCAAGCCCUAAGAACCCCAAGGCGUACUAUCGGCGUGGUCAAGCUCGACGCGGUCUGGAGAGAUUAGACGAUGCGUUGGCAGGUAAGUCCAUUUCCCCUGGAUGGGCAACACAUAGCCCAGCACCAACUCGGCCACCUAUGACAUUAUUACAAUUCACGAGAUCUUGGGAAAACAACAAAGAAGAUCGUCAGCGGUGGGAAACACUCAAGACCGUACCACCUUCGGCAAUCCCACAGCUAUUCAAGACUUCGUUGGAACCCGCUUUCCUGGUGUCUAUCCUACAAAUGUUCCUGUCUGUUGCUGGAUCUGCUUCGGAAGAGGAGCUCAUGGAGAUACGCGAGUACAUGAUUGCUCUUUCGAGAGCUCAACGGUUUAGCACGGUAAUGUUGUUAUUGAAUAAGGAGGAGAAACAGCUGGUGAAGAAAGUUUGGGAUAGCCUAGGAAAUGUUAAGGAUAAGGGUCACUGGAGUGUCGGUUGA